GAUAAAACUCAAAUUCAUCAUUCAUUUCAAUAAGAUUAAAAUUUGAGUUCGCACAGAAGGCAGUAUUUGGUAUUCAGACAUAAAUCUUGGAAACAUUUUCACUGUGGAAAUGCCUAAGUGUGAAAUGUAUUAACGUUAGGGAUAUAACGUUGCAAAACGAUGAACUUCCUGUGCUGCGUUUGUUUUCUUGCCAUUCCACUUGGCACCAUAGCCGAAGAAUACAAGUUAGAAUACUAUGAAACUGUGUCUCUUGAGUGCGAUGCAAGUAGAUAUAACUUCACAAGUACUCAACCAGUAGUAAAGAAAUAUUGGCUGGUUCCGAACGGGAAUCUCGUUUCGGCCUCUGAAGCAAGCGGCCAUUUUGAAAUUGAUUCAAAUUUUACGCUUACUGUUAAUAGAAUCAGCGAUGACGAUUUCGGUUACUAUUUUUGUCUCUUAGUUCGGGAUGAUCAUAAUCUGGAUAGAAUAGUGCAUGGCCUGAACACCGAUGGUCCUUUCUUUGGAGAUUUAUUAGAAAAAUACAAAAAGAAUGCGAUGAUUGGUGGAAUUGCGGCUGGUACCCUGUUUGUCAUCGUGGCGGGAAGUUGUAUCGUCUGGCAACUUAGGUACCAAAGAAAGAGUCAGCGGAAUAAAGCAGUGGACGAACUUGAUAAAGCGAUAGAUGGUUAUGAUCUAAGAGCUUACGAUAAUGUUGCGAUCGACAAUGUAGAACUUGAAGAAAAGGCCAAAGAAGCAUCCAAAACAGAUGAACGAUCAGAUACUGGUGACAAUUUAUAGCGAGGUUUGUUUACUGAAAAGCUACUAUCGGGAAGAUAAACGGAAUUCUUAAAGUAUUAUAUUCAAACAACAACACCAGGGAAAUGAAACUGUUAUCAAAUAUUUACAAGUCGUUAAGCAGAAUAUAGUAUUUAGCAUUCAGUCUUUCGAAGCCUGGAUAUAUAGUUCAUAGGGAACUAUAGGAACGCUUGAAUAUUAAAAAUGUUUGUUUCAACUGCAUCUUCAACAAAAUAAAAUGUUUGAUACA